UUAUGACAUUAUUGAUCAUCUUGGUGGUAUAUACCAGGAACAAGGAAGUACAGUAUCUGGACAUUUGCCCACCAUCAAAUAACUAUAAAUUUUGUAAAUCAAGUCUUGAAGUAUCUCAUCGUUUGCACUGAAUCUAGAGGCAGAGUUGGGCAAAAUUUUUCAGAAUUUUGGUUCAGUACCAGAGUUAACUCAGCCUUACAUUGGAUUUUCUGUUUACCGUGUGUGAAAUUUAUGUUGGAAAGAAUGACUACAUUCAGAAAAGGAGGGACUUGUGUUGACCUGUGCCUGCCUGUUAUUUGUGGGAAAACUAAACAGAGACUUCAAUCAUUGAGAUGAAAGUUUGAUUCAGACAGUACCUGCCCCAGGGGAUAAAAGACGAUGAUAUUGAGGAGCAUUGGAGCAUUCCAUAUGGACUCAUCUAAUGAAUUAAUUCUUCUUAUCUUGUGAAUUAACAUCUCAUUUCUGUGUUCUCAUUUGUUUAAGCUUUGAUUUGCCAGCAAUGGAGGCAAGUUUCAAGGUCUCUCAUUGAGGUCAUCAUUCUUUUCCUUUUUGUUUCUGGGUGGUAAUUGAGAUAUUACAUUUUGGAGAUUUCUUUGCCCUUCUUCUCCUAGGAAAACCUGAAAAGUUCUGUCUUUUGGUAGCUUCUUUUGGUGAUGAUUGUGUGAUAUCAGUUCACAGUUAUGUUUGUUGUUUACUUAACUGAAGUUCAUCUUAUUUUUAGUUUUUCUUCAAAGUAGAUUCAAAGCUAAAACAUGUGUUCUUGUUCUGGAUUGUAACUAGUUUGGAGAAGAGAAGCAGCAGCAAAAGACACUGCUUUUGUGUUAUCAAUUUUUAUUUGUUUAGUUUCAAGAAUGUCAAGUGAGUCGAGGAAAAGGAAAUCCAGAGUUAAAUGGAGUAAGAUUUACUCGUUCAGGUGUUUCCAGCCUGAGGUCAUAGAAUCUCCUCGUCAGCAAUUCGGUGGCCCUGGUUUCACUAGAACAGUAUUCUGUAACCAAUCUUAUCUUCAUAGAAAGAGGCCAUUUAGAUACUCAAACAACUCAAUUUCCACAACCAAGUACAAUUUCGCCACUUUCCUCCCCAAAGCACUCUUUGAACAGUUUCGCCGUGUGGCAAACCUUUACUUUCUUUUGGCUGCAAUCCUAUCACUCACUCCAUUGACUCCAUUUUCUCCAAUUACUGCUAUUGCUCCCUUGGUGCUUGUUGUGGGGAUUAGCAUGGCCAAAGAAGCUUUAGAGGACUGGCAUAGAUUCAUGCAGGACUUGAGGGUGAAUUCCCGGUUAGUAAAAGUGCAUACUGGAGAUGGACAUUUCAUUCAGAAAACUUGGAAAGAAGUUCUUGUAGGGGAUAUUGUGAAAGUAGAGAAAAACCAAUAUUUUCCUUGUGAUCUCCUUCUGCUAUCCUCUGGUUUCGAGGAUGGGGUGUGUUAUGUUGAGACCAUGAAUUUAGAUGGAGAAACAAAUUUGAAACUCAAGAGAUGCUUAGAAGCUACUCUUAGCUUGGAUCAUGACUCGAAAUUGACUGAAUUCAAAGGUACAAUCAAAUGUGAAGAUCCAAAUCCACAGUUGUACUCUUUCAUUGGAAAUUUCGAGCAUGAAGAGCAAUUGUAUGCAUUGACUCCUAGCCAGGUACUUCUCAGGGAUUCAAAGCUCCGAAACACUGACUACAUUUACGGAGCUGUGAUCUUCACCAGCCAUGAUACAAAAGCAAUUCAAAACUCAACUAGAUCACCUUCCAAGCGGAGCCGCAUCGAGAGAAAGAUGGACUAUAUCAUAUACCUUCUUUUCGCAUUGCUUGUCAUCAUAUCGCUGACCAGUUCCAUUGGCGCUUAUAUCUCCAUUAAGUUCCAAAUCAUAAAUUGGUGGUACGUAGAGCCUAAUGAAGAUGACUCAUCCUUCAACAUCAAGACACCGAGUACAUCAGGUUUCUUACAAUUCAUAAGAGCUCUUAUACUCUAUGGUUAUCUUAUCCCUAUAUCUCUUUAUGUCUCCAUUGAAGUAGUCAAAGUACUCCAAGCCAUGCUGAUAAACAAGGACAUGCUAAUGUAUGAUGAAGAUUCAUGCAAGUCUGUUGAAGCCCGAACAUCGAAUCUUAAUGAAGAGCUUGGUCAGGUUGAGAUGAUUCUAUCUGACAAAACAGGUACUCUUACAUGUAAUCAGAUGGAAUUCAGGAAGUGCUCAAUUGCAGGGAUUUCUUAUGGUGGUGAAAUAAAUGACGUUGAUAUUGCUGUAUCUAAAAGAAUGAAUUUAGACAUUGAGAAAAUCCGAACCGCAUCCAUGCGAGUGGAUACUGAACUUGAGAAGUAUAGAUUAAGUAUUCGCAGGGCUGAUUCCAUUAGCAAAAGCAUCGAUACGAUUGAAUUUUCCACUGCUGAGUUUAUGUCAGCAAAUGAAGUUUUUAAUGCAGAAAUUAUUACUGAGAAAUUGGACGCCAAGAAAGAAAAAAGUCCCUUGCUGUCCAGCGAAUACCAAGUUAAAGGAUUCAAUUUUGUGGAUGGCAGGCUUAUGAAUAAGAAUUGGGUAAGUGUGCCACAGGCUAGGGAGAUUGUGAUGUUCUUCCGGGUCUUGACCUUGUGCCAUACUGGCAUACCCGUUGAAGAAGACAAAACCGGGAAGUUCAAGUAUGAGGCAGAGUCACCUGAAGAAGUGGCUUUUCUGAUUGCGUCACAGGAGUUCGGAUUCAAGUUUUGCCGGAGAACACAGUCUACCUUGAUUGUUAAGGAGCUCAAUCCAUCUUAUGGUGAAGAGGUUGAGAGGCAAUACAAGCUCUUGAAUCUUCUUGAGUUUAACAGUUCACGCAAACGUAUGUCGGUCAUAGUCUCUGAUGAGGACGGUCAGAUAUUUCUUCUAUGUAAAGGAGCUGACAGUAUAAUUUUUGAGCUUCUAUCAAGUCAAGGAAGGUUUCAUCUAGAGGCAACUACGGCACACCUUUCGGAUUAUGCAGAAGAUGGUUUACGAACGCUAGCAAUUGCAUAUAGGAGAAUUGAACAUGAUCAAUAUCAGAAGUGGAAUGCCAUCUUUACUCAGGCAAAGACUAAUAUAGGACCUGAAAGAGAAGAAAUGUUGGCAUCGGCAAGUGAAAUGAUUGAAAAAGAUUUGAUUCUUUUGGGAGCUGUCGCCGUGGAAGACAAGUUGCAGAAAGGGGUUCCAGAGUGUAUUGAUAGACUUGCUCAAGCAGGUUUCAAGAUCUGGCUACUUACAGGAGAUAAGAAGGAGACUGCAAUUAACAUUGGAUUCGCUUGCAGUCUAUUGAGACAUGACAUGAAGCAGCUACAUCUAAGUAGUGUCGCAAAAUCUAAAUCAAACAAUGACAAGGCUUUGCACGACGAUAUUCUUCUUCAAAUUGAAUCUGCUUUGCAUGUAACUACUCGAGAAAGUGAUGAGAGCACACCCUUUGCAUUAAUAGUUGAUGGAGGUGCUCUUGAGCUUGCUCUUCAGCCUGAUCUAAGAAGCAGUUUCUUACACUUGGCUGUGACUUGCGCUUCGGUCAUAUGCUGCCGUGUUUCGCCUAAACAGAAGGCAUUGAUUACAGAGUUAGUCAAAAAACAUACAAACAUGACGACGUUAGCAAUUGGAGAUGGUGCCAAUGAUGUUGGCAUGAUUCAAGCCGCAGACAUUGGAGUGGGUAUUAGUGGAAUGGAGGGAAUGCAGGCGGUCAUGGCAAGUGACUUUUCAUUGCCUCAGUUCCACCUAUUAGAGCGUCUACUUUUGGUUCAUGGACAUUGGUGUUAUAAGAGAAUUGCGAAGAUGAUACUCUAUUUUGUAUACAAGAAUGUGGCAUUUGGAAUGACUCUGUUUUACUAUGACACUUCCACCAGAUUCUCGGGGCAACUCUUAUACGACAAUUGGUACAUGGUACUAUUUAAUGUGCUAUUAACUUCCUUACCUGUGAUAGCACUUGGUGUACUCGAACAGGAUGUUUCGCCUGAUGUCUGUCUUCAGUUUCCAGCACUCUAUCAACAAGGCCAAAGAAACAUAUACUUCACAUGGUUUCGAAUUCUCGGUUGGAUCAUGAACGGCUUAUAUGCAUCAAUUGUUAUCUUCAUCCUAAACGCAUUCAUCUUCAUACCUUUUGCUUUCCGAUCAGACGGAGAAGUAGCUGAUGUCGUGCACCUCGGAACCAUAGUAUACACAUGCAUCAUAGUCACAGUGAAUUGCCAGAUUUCUCUGAUCAUCAACCACUUCACUUGGAUACAACAUUUGUUCAUUUGGGGCAGCAUUGCAUUAUGGUACAUUGUUUUACUGCUGUAUGGUGCAUUGCCUGCAAAAUUCUCAGGAGGAGCAUUUCAAGUACUCUCGGAAGCUCUCGGGCCUUCGCCGAUGUUUUGGUUAUCUAUUUUGAUCAUUGUGAUUGUUGCUCUUCUCCCGUAUUUCACACACAUUGCGAUACAGAGACUGUUCUAUCCAAUGGAUGAUCAUGUUAUACAAGAAAUGAAGUAUUUCGGGGACGAUGAAAAUAACAGUGUAAUGUGGAUGAAAGAGCAGAUGAAAUCUAGGAAACAUACACAAGUUGGUUUUUCGGCAAGGGUUGAUGCAAGAGUGAAAUAUUGGAAAGAACAGUUGAAUCAGAAGAAGAUUUCUUUUUAUAAUUCAGUGACAAGCAGUCCAUUGUUCAGAUGAUUAUUAGUGGCAUUAUUUACAUUUUACACAAAUGUAUGUAUUUAUGUCAUCAAAUUUGUCUUGUAUUCUUUGAUUUAAGGAUUG